AUGAUGGCUUUGGUUGGUUGUUCUUUUUCACUGUACGGCCGCAGAUACAUUCUGACAGCACUUCAGACAGCAGCUUUGUGCCCCGCCAGCUGCUUGUUCCAUGCCUACCAUGGUGUUUUUGCACAGACAGCACUUCAGACAGUAUGUAUGCUGUAGUCAGCAAUCUUCCGUUUUGGUAUAGAGUGGGACAGGGAGGGGGUGAUGCUACUGUAGUCGAACGGUGGGACGGACGUGCAGUUCAGUUUUUGGGCACGCAUACGGUGCUGCAGGGAUUUUUAGGUGUACCUCUUCGGGCUCUUGGAUACCUUUUUCUCGUUUUAUGUGUGCGUGUUCUUUAGAUCCU